CAAAUUCUCUAUCACAAGAUUGGUAGUGAUCCAAAGAGUGACAUCGUUAUCGUGAAAGCAGAUACAAAAGAGGUCACAAAUCUUUGGUACGCAGAAUUCACCACUGGUUAUAAAUACUUGAUGCUUUAUGGAUUCACCGAUGUUGAUCAUUCUCGCGUGUAUGCUGCACCUCUUGAUCAACCAAUCUCGGCAAAUAUGAAAUGGAUUUCUUUGCAGCCGCAGUAUGGUCCUCCGUUGCAGUACGUGUACAAUAUUGACUCUGAUUUUUAUCUGGUCACCAAACGUGAUGGAGCUGAGAAUCACAAGAUCGUUCGUGCAAAGAUUGAUACAAGUAAAGCACGCAGCGUGAAAGACUUGAGCGAAUUGACCGAAACAAUCAAAACGCAGGACAUCAUUCCCGAGAACAAGAACGGAAACAUAGAAAAUUGGUCCGUGAUCGAUAAGACAAAGAUCGUUUUGAUUUAUUUGGAGAAUGCAAAAUACAAUUUCUACUUACAUGACCUUACAACCGGAAAACGUAUCCAACAACUAUUAACGGACUUCAUCGGAGCGUUUUAUCGUGCAUCAUAUUCGUACGGCAGCAAACAGUCAUUCGUAGAAUUGAGUGCUUUCACCUUGGGCUCUGGUGUUUAUCGUAUUCGCUCAGACAACGGCAAAGUUUCUGUAGACCCUUUCUUGAUCGGCAAUCCAAAAGGAAUCGAUAUGUCCGAAUUCAAGAUCGAACAACAUUUUGCAACAUCCAAAGAUGGAACCAAAGUACCUUUUGAUAUCUUUUAUUCGAAGAAGCAUCCUUUAGAUGGAACCAAUCCAGCUUGGCUUUUGGGUUAUGGCUCGUUUGGACAAAAGACGAUUCCAUAUUAUGAUGCGUUCAUGUUACCAUGGGUAAGAGAUCACGGUGGUGCUUGUGUAUACAUGCAAAUUCGAGGUGGGGGCGAACUAGGUGAUAGAUGGCAUGAAGCGGGAAUGUUGAGUCAGAGACAACAUUCUUUCGAUGACUAUCAAGCAGUUGCAGAAUAUCUAGUAAAGAAUAAAAUGGCAGCUCGCGGACACAUUAUUGGCGAAGGAUCAGAAGCAGGAGGCACGGUUGCAAUGGUGAUGGGAAAUCAAGCUCCUCAAGGACUCUUUGGUGUUCUUCUUCCCAAUGUUGCACUUUUAGACAUGUUACGGUUCGACAAGUAUCCUUAUCCGGAUCAGUAUAUUGCCGAAUGGGGAUCUCCACAAAAGCCAACUUAUUUCGAUGUCUUGCGUGCCUACAGUCCCUUGCACAAUGUUGACGUCAAAAAGACUUAUCCUGCCAUCUUGCUUACUCAGAGACUGAAUGAUGAUUCCACCACGCCUGCUCAUUCGUUCAAAAUGAUCGCAGAAUUGCAGCAUAGCCUUCCAAAGAACGCAAAUCCGUUAUUGAUG